AUGGGACGAAGAAAGAUUGAGAUCAAGGCGAUCAAAGAUGAUAGGAAUCGCUCUGUCACCUUCUUGAAGCGCAAGGGCGGUCUUUUCAAGAAGGCUCAUGAGCUUUCCGUUCUCUGCUCCGUCGAUGUCGCCGUCUUCAUUUUCGGCAACAAUAAGAAGCUUUACGAAUAUUCAUCAACGGAUAUGCGAGAGCUUAUACACCGAUAUCAAUAUCACGGUGGUCCCAGUGAACACAAAGGCCCUUCCGACUUCAACGGCGGCAACGAUGACGACGAGGAUGAGGAGAACGACGGCACCCCUCCCCACGGUCCUGAAGUUGUCGAGAACCAGAUGAUGCCUCCCCAUGCUUACGGACAACAUCAACCUCCUUUCCCACAGAUUCGACAUCAUACACCUUCAGCAUCACCACCUAUUGGCAAUGGCGGCCCAUUCCAAGCGCAUCCUGGUCAUCCUAUCCAGCGACAACAUACUCCGCAACCAUCGAUCGGCUCACGACCGGCAUCUCGAACGGAUAUGCGCCGCAUGGGUCCCGGCAUGGUCCAGCCUCCACCUCCGCCCGGCCCUCCGCAUCCCGGAAUGAACUACAUGCCCAAUCCGCCUAUCUACAACUCGCCUCAUCCUCCCGGUCUAAUACCUCAACAUGGUCCUGGUCCUCAUCCUCAAUAUGCUUAUCAUCAACAGCCUAGUCACAUGCAGCAACCAGGACCGUACAUGGAUGACCGCAGGUCCCCGAUGCCCUCUCCGAUGCCUCCCGCUUACACUUCGCAACCGCCGUCGCAACCAAUCCAAGCUCCUGUUCGUCCAACGCCAUCGCCUCAACCGCCUCAACAACAGCUUCCUCCGAAUAUGUCACAAAUGUCACCUCCGCCGCCCCAGCCUGAACGUCGACUUCAUGAUCCUCCGCCGCCACCUCCCGUGGAACCCAAGACGGAGCCACAAGAACGCCCUCAGCCGCCAUUACUGAACACGGAUAGUGCCAUCAAGAAACUGCCCCAAAGAAAAUCUCACAGUAUCUUCACUCCCAUCGAAGAGAACCGGUCUAUUUUGUCCCAGCAUCUGGCAUCUUUUACGUCCGAGUCGAACAAAUCAGAGUCUGCUGCUGCCGCUGCCGCUGCUAAUGCUGCAAACGCCGCCAACCGUUCACAAUCGGUUGAUGUGGCUGCACUGAACCGGGCCACGGAUGGGCCCAAAUCAUCACCCCAUUUGCCACAGCGUGCCAGUACCCAGACCGAUGAGAAGUCUCGAACAGUGUCGCUGUCGUCAAUACCAGAAACCACUUUGACUCCGCCUUCGCGUUCUAACAGUGCAAAGGCCGGCGGUCCCGGAGGAGCUCGACCUCGUGGCCCUCGCUUAACGGUGCAGAUUCCGGAUGGCGGAUCUGAAGGCAGCGGUAGCGCACGAACGGCAGAGUCAAACUCGCCGCGGGUCGCCACAGAAACCACAACGCAGGCGCCUCAACGCCACAACUCUCAGUCUUCACUUGUGCUUCCUCCUCCCUCUCCGUCUGCGUCAGCAAUAAUGUCCGCAGGUGCUACUGGUCCGCCAAAUCCUUUUGCCCGGCCGCCUCCUCAGCAGAAUGUGAAUGGUGAUACUCCUGUCUCUGCCUUGCCAUCACGUUUCUUGACAAAUGAACUCCUUCCGAGCCCAAGUAGCUUCUAUCCCGAUUGGAACUUCCGGGGAGGUGACAGUAACACACUACCAAGUCCGUUGAACUUUGCAACGCCAGUUGUCGGUUCAGGUCCUAGUUUCCUCAGAGAUGACCUGAACACGACACCGAAUGCAAACUCAAACGUUUCCAAGGACAGAGAUCCUCUGACCGGUGCUAAUGGGAGCUUGGGCCAAAACUUGAGUGUAGCUCCAAACAAUUCUACUGCAACAAAACGAAAGACUCCUGAGCCAGGAGCCACAACGCAGAGUGAUACUGCGGAUGAGUCAGAACCAAAGCGGUUGAAGGUGGACGAGUAA